AUGGUGGUUUGCAAAUGCCGCAAGGUAUUGUAAAGGCUCACUCCUUCCCCACCCGAAUCGAUCCGUAUCUAUUUUGGAGCUUCUCUGGCAGAGGAACGGGUGAAUUGGUUAUCAUUUGAGGGAUAAUUCUUUGGAACGGUUUUUUAUUUCAAUCGGAUCAUGAAGAGAAGGGAAGAAAAUCGAAUCCCGAGCUCUCGAAAUAUUGGUCAUCGUUGGUGAACGGAGGUGAUAGUGACGAACGGAUCCUUGCCGUUAGAUGAUAGAAUGUUCUUUUAGGCUGCCAAAGGAAAGGGGCAUGACAUCUUAAAACACGCGCUCAGAGAUUCCUGUGUGUAGGCUGGUAAUUGGACAGAGACCGGUGUGUUAUCGUAGCAAAGUCUGAUUUCGAUCAGGUUCUGGUAUAGAUAGAACCUGUAUUUUCCAGUGUUACGCCUUAGAUGACUGUCACAAUGGUAAAAUUACAUAAUGGGAAAGAUUUCCUUUUCAGACCGGAAAAAUUUGACCAUUGAGCUUCUGGGCUAAAAAGUGGCUCCCAUUAACUUUGAUAAUGAUAAUGGUUAUUCCACUUAACGGAAAGAGUUUUGGACUACGAAAUAACUUGGAUCCUCAUAUAUGAUUUCUCAUAGCUGUGUGUUAUGUUUGGUUUAGGUUAUAUUGUAGAGAUUUAUUUAUAUUUUCUUCUUCUGAUUUAUUAGAUGUCAUAUCAUGUGCUCGAUUUUUUUCGUUUUAUUAACUAAUUUGAAAUUUCGGCUUUUAGGCGACCAAGCUUUACUGCUUUGUGCACAAGGUUCCAGUCUGCGGCGAAUGCAUUUGCUUUCAAGAACACAAAUUAUGUGUGGUACCUGCCGAAACCUACUUGCAUUGAACGACUGUAUUUAAAUUAUCUUUUUUGCGUUGAUAUCAGCUGCAUCGGCUACAUCUCUUGAUAACUUUACGUGCUUCAAAACUAUUUGUAUUGGUGAAUCUAUUUACAAAUCUCACAAAGAUUCUUAAGUUCAUUACUGUCAGUGUUGGUUUCUAUGCAUCAGUAUUGUCUAUGCUUACGUACUUCAUUAAGUUCAUGCGGAGAAAAAAAUGAGAUUUCUAUGCUUAACCCAUAUUGUUCCUUGCAAUUGUUAUCAUCCAUUUAGUUUUAUUGCCAGUGUUGGUUUCUAAAGUACUAGCUUGGACAAACUAGGACAAUCUUUCGAGGACAAUUUGUGACAUUUUUUGGCUAAAAUCCUCAUGCUAUGUAGCAUUUUCUUAAACAAUUUAAGGAUGGGUUUUUUGGUUAUAUUUCCUCGGAGAGUUAUUCACAUUUUAAAACUCUCUAAGUGUUCUUAUGCAUGUAAGAAGCACUAAAUAUUGCAUCUCGUACAGCAUAUACAUCACUACCUGAUGAGGUGGUAACAGAACAUAUGGUGAUCCUUUAGAUGUAUUCAAAUAUGAAAUGCUGUCUUUUCUUGUAAGAAGAUUGUUUAAGGAGUGAUAUACUGACAGUCAUUAAGAUAAGACGUGAUUGUGUCGUGAGUAUCCCGAAUGAUAAUUGGAUAUGCUACCUGGAUUCAUGGAGGAAUAAACUAUGUUGAUUUGGUCCAACGUAAAUAGAUUGAAUAAAUGACUCAGAUAUUAAACAUUAGAAUCGUGAAAUUAGUGUGAGUCUUCAAAUCAGAUUAACUUGUAUGGCCGGAAGCCCAGCUCGUUUUUUGUCUGCAUCAAUGGGAUGGUAGCUGCCAGUCCAGCAAAAUGUGUUGGGUAAUUGCAGCCAAGGAUAGCUCAAUGUCUAUAUUAAUAGUACUACAUUGUUUCGUUAAGUGUCUAGCUCGCUAUUAAAUGUGAUGCUAGGUGAACCAAUCGAAACCAAGUCAAGGAAAGGAAAUAUCAAUCAUCUGUCAUGGACUCGAUAUAAGUUUCGUGAUUAUUAUUGGCGUGUAGGAUAUCUUCUAGGUUAAGGCAUGUAUUUGUUUCAAGGAGAAGACGAUUCCUGUGUGAACAGGUAAAAAACUUUGGCCUCAUGCACUUGGCCUUGACACUAGUCAUUCCCCAUCAGAUAGACCUAAAGGUUCAUUUUCAUUUAUCCUCGUUUUUUACAUUUUAGAGUCCGUAUAAAAUUAAAGAAAUAAAUAAGGAAAAGUAAGACUAACAUAAAAUCGUGUCCGUGGUUAAUGAUCGUUAUUGUCUUAAAAUUCAUGCCCUAAUCGUUCUGUUUUACCUGCGUUGUCUACUUUUAAGUCACAUUUUUCUGGAAGACACUUGAAUCUUCCGGCUGAAUUUGGGAAUCUUAUGAUGCAAGCAUUCAUCAUGUGAAAUUAUUACAGUCAGCAUUAAUAGGUGAUCUCCUUUGGACUGCUAUUCUUAAUGGCAUUUUUCUUUGAUUUCCCUUCAAACCGCUUUAGGUCCGGACCUACUCUGAAUGGGUAAUUGAUGGAGAGUAUGAUUGGCCUCCCACAUGCUCCAUGUGUCAUGAUGAUCUGGAAGCCGAAAAAGAUCCUCAAACUACUCGACUGGGUUGUUUGCGUACGUUUUUUAUUCAUAUAUGAUUCCAUAUUGUUGUUGGACAUGGACGAUUUGUGUUUCAAGAAUCUCAAUACUCUUUCUUAUUUCAGAUGUCAUCCAUACAAAAUGCCUGGUGUCUCAUAUUCAAACAUUCCCACCUCAGACUGCACCCGCUGAAUAUAUUUGCCCUGAAUGCUCUUCUCCUGUAAGUGCGAUAUUUGGAAGUUUAACAUUUGAUGUUUCCUUUUCAUACAGUCUUUUUACAAAACAUGCUCGACUGGUAUCCAUACUGUGCUUCACUGGAGCCUUUUUCAUGUGGAGGUUUUUUUUUUUAAAAUACAUCAGCUUAAAUCAAACUAUGAAAAAAGAAAUCUGGCUCCAUCAGUAUUAUGGAUAUUCUGCAAUAUACAAUAUUGUUAAGCGGAUAUAUUCUACAUCCCAUAGCAUAUUUUGUUUAUAAAAAGGAACCUGAAAUCUCACAACUGAUACCUAGUAACGAUUAUUUUGAGCGAGAGCUAAAUUUUCUGCGAAUUCCACCGAGAAAAACUCUACUUUGAUAAAGUCCUUAAAACUUCUAUCUGGCAUCUGUUGUGGCUAGGAUGAGAUGAAGGACCCCGAAACCACCAGGGCGAUUUAGGGAAGAAGAGCGUAGGAUUUACAAAGGCCCUCACAAUACCCCUGUAGGUGCCUAUGUCAUGGAGAAAAUUUAAAAUAUCACCUCAAAAUUUUCCCUGCAUUGAGUAAGAAUAGGAAAGUAUCACUAGUAGGCUCAUAGAGGUCCAUUUGAAUUUAAAGGCAGAAUAACUUCCUUGAUGGACCUGGAACAGUCCCUCCAUGUCACGUUAGAGGAGAAGCACGAAUAUUAUGGCACAAUCCGUGGAAAUGCCAUGUUAGGGAGUUGUCUGAAGGAAAAGUAAGAUAGCAGGAGCAGCUGGACAGCUAAACGGGCUAAAUCUGUAUGGUGUCCUUUACUGAUGAAAAGGAUUUAAAUGGUUCCCUUUUUACCUUAAAGAAGCUUCAACAAGGGAUGUAUAAACUUCUUUGUGGUGGGAGUGCAUAGGAAAGGGUACUAGCGCAGUGAUUCCACCAUCCUUCUUUUGAUGCUUGUUCUUUAGCCUUUGUGCUGUAGAGUGACCAUAACCUUCUUUGUGCUUGUUCUUAUUAACACUAGUGGAUUUUUUUUUAGGAUAAUAUAAGAGAAACCGAUCUCUGUAUUUCGAGGAAUGAGUGGAAAAGGGACUCCAAUGACUUUUUAUAAUAAUUUGGUAAAUGUCAGAGGGGAUUGCAUUCAAAUGCAUUAGUUCUCCGAUAUAUGACGUUUUGAUUCUCUUGUUACGUCAGUCUCUAAAAGAUUGUUGCUUAUUCCACCCGCCCAAUUGUAUCCAUAUUUUUCCUGCAGAAGGCUUUUUUGGUAAUUUUACCACUCUAAUGUCAUUUCAUCUGUUCAAACUCUAAUGUCGUUUCAUCUGACUGGUUAAAAUUGAUAAGAACUAGACAUUUUAAGAAAGAAAGUAGCCUGAUGUCUUGUGGUCUUGUCAUGAAUUGGUGCGUGUGCGUGGGAUCCCGUUUUUGAUAUUUUAAGUAUUUCAUUUCUGUAUUUUCUGGCUCACUUUUAAUGAAUUUUGGCUUUCAACAGAUAUGGCCACCUAAAAAUUUCAAAGACACCCAAUCCCUCCUCCACACGAAACUGAAGGAAGCAAUAAUUCAGGUAAUUUAUCAAUCCAUAUUUAUUUUUCACAUUUUUUUAAACAUGGUGAGAGACUCAUUCGAUAUUUUAUUUUCCCUUAUUUUUUUUGUCUGCAAGGAACGUGAAAAACACUGAUAUUAGUAUAAUGCCAAUACCAGAGUUUAGAAGGGUGCCCAAGGUGGUAUGAUCAAGAGUACCGCAUAUAUAUCUAAGUUACGAAUAUUAUAAGAUCACUGAUCUUUCAAAGAAAUAAAACCCACCAUGCAACUUCUAAAUAGUCUCAAGAACAUAGUGUAGACUAUGGUAAGGCUUUAAUACCCUGAAUAUCAAAGAAUAAGCUCCCUUUUAUUAUUAGGCAACUCUGGUUUGAUCCAAAGGUAGGAUGAGCCGCCAAAUUUUUUGAUCUUCUUUAAGUAUCCAUUGUCGAUCUCAGCUACUCCACGACUCCUCCAAUGUUUCAGGAAUACUCUCCUGAAUUUCUAGGCUGUUUAGAAGCCUAUGUCAAAUAUCCAGCGAAAGCAAGCACCCAAUAAAUAGGAGAAAGACUAUGGGGCAGAGACAAAAAGCGUAAUCAGAAAGGGAGAAAACAUCUGAAAACAAAACUGUUCAGCUACGAUAAGAAGGAUAGGAGGGGAGCUAUUUCCCUGGAAAGAAUAAUUAUGUCAAUGACAGAAAUGUCCCCUUUGACUUUUGUCACAAUUCUUUCAUUCAAGAUUUCCUGGAUCCUGACAAUGGCGACAAAAGCAUGGUCCAGACUUUGUGGGUGAUUCUCUAAAUGGAUGUCUAGCAUCUCAAAAUCUCUAUGCGAUGGUCAAACUUCCUUUUCAGGCUUUUUUAUUGCCUAUUUUGUGUGUAGUAAAUAAUUUUUCGUUCUUACUGCGUUUCAACUACAGAGUGGCUUGGAGAAAAAUAUAUUUGGAAAUCAUCUGGUCACAUUGCCCUCUGCUGAAUCCCGUUCCCCUCCUCCAGCAUUCGCAUCAGACCCACUCAUGCGUGUGUCCGCCUCUGAGGAACUGGAGAAAAAUGGUGAGAACUUCUUUGAUCCUACAGCCCAAAACAUCGAACUGAAGCACACACCCUUCCAUAAUUGGUAUAGGCCCGUCCAAACUCUCAGAGCCAGGCAUUGUGGAGAUUGAAGGCCCAGAUCCUCUGGGAAACCAGUUCGCACGAGAUCACCAGCCUAAUUUCAUCAAGCCCGCCAGUCCCGUUGUAAGUGGUAUCCUAAAGCUUAUUAACCUUCCCUAAUCAUUACUGGUGAUGUUUGAACGUUGAAGGCUGUUCUCUUUCAUGACAGAAAUAGAAAUAUAUAUAUAUCUAUAUAUAUAUAUAUAGAUGUUUAUGUAUAGCUUUAGUUUUUUCUUAUUAUUUCUGGCAUUCAAUGCUGCAGCCUGGUGCCACCACAAGAAAAGGUUCUUAUCAUGCGGACAGACAGAGCUCUGAAAUUUCAUACUAUGCCGAUGAUGAAGAUGGAAACCAGAAGAAGUACAGUCGAAGAGGUGAGUUUAUAUUCCUAUCAACCCUGAUCAUAUGAAAUGUUACGGCUAGAUAUUUCUGAACUUGCUAUUUAUCUGAGAAAAUGGUGGUCGGUGUACUCCGGUGAUUAUAUGAUUGCUUGAUCGAUCUAGUUGGUCAUUAGAAACCUUAGUACAUAUUUGUUUGGGUAACCUUUCAUUUUUUUUUUCCCAUCACCAAGCUUCAUUUACAUGUGAGUCACUGAUGGUGCCUGCUUUUGUGUUCAUAUAUUUCCAUUGACUUCCAUUUUCUAAUUUGGGUAAAAUAUCGUCAUUCUGGGAUUCAACCGAAGUUAUCUGAAACACAGCGAGAGAGAGAGAGAGAGAGAGAGAUGGACAAGGGGGUGUUGACUGCUUACUCUUUUACACAGGGCAACUCACCCUCUUUUGACUCUUCCAAUUAUAUAUAUAUAUAUAUAUAUUAAAAAAGAAGGAAAUACAUGACUUAAAUUAGCAUCUCUUGUGGAUAUUUUUCUCUCGGUUAUGCAUCAAAGUGGAAUCUGACUGCUCCGGUGUCUCAAUCAGGUCCCAUUCGCCACAAGUUCUUGAGGCUGUUGCUACCUUUCUGGUCAAACGCCCUCCCAACUCUUCCGGUGACUGCACCGCCACGUAAAGAUGGGCCUACCGCUGCCGACGACCUUCCCGAGGGGAGGUCACGGCAUCAGAGGUCCUCGAGGAUGGACCCCAGGAAGAUCCUGUUGACCAUCGCCAUCAUGUUUGCUCUCGCCGCAACCCCUCAUUUUAUCUCCUGUUGAUCUAGAUUUUUAAAUUAGAUUGCCAAUCAACCCUCUGUUUUUUUCCAUUUUUAGAUUGGAUUAUUAGAUUAAAUUGACCAUUUUUAGCAUUUUUUGCCAUUUUUCAACCCUCUGAUUUUUCCAACUUUGGCAAUGUCCGAUGUUGGUCAUCGUCGUCAUCAUCCACCAGCCCAAACUGGGUGGGGGAGCAAACAUCCCCAAUACUCGGAUCUUGAUUCCUCUGAUUUUUCCUUUUUUCUGUUUUUAGAACCUUUUUCAACGGUCAUUUCACAGCCUCACCUGGUGGGGGUGUUUCUGGCUUCCUCCUCAGGGCGUGCAUGGCGACCAUGGGGAUUCUCUACUACAGACUGGCCCAGAGCGCUCUCGGCGGAGAUCUCCCCAUAGACGAGCCCCAGUGA